AUGAGUCUCUGCCAUAAGCCAUGUCCACGUCGACUUCGUCUGCAUCUGAUUUUCUACCUGGUGAAGAAAGUAUAUGCAAUUUGUCUGCCCCAAUUUAGUGAUUUCCUGUCCCCAGUGAUGUCAGAGACACUGCAGAAUGUUAGCGAUUUGAUGACUUUGGAGCUUCAAUGUGAGGAGGAGGAGGAACUUCACGUCGUAACAUUCUUUGAUUAG